AGCUGGUAGUUCCGAUGCUCAUUAUCAUUAUCUCCUUCAUGUAGAUACAUUACUUUUUAUAUACGUCGAUCCUUUCUCAAGAUACAUUACUCUUUAUAUAUACCUCUGGUCACUUCUGAUUUUUUCUCCGGAUUCUGGUUCUUCGUGAAACACCCAUCACUUAACUCUCCACAUUUUACAAGGUUUUGGCACGUUCCUCUCUUUUGUCUUUGGUUUUGAUUAUGUCUAAUUCAUUUGGUUUGUCUUAAAGAUGUAUUUGUGUGUGUUUUGUCUCCUUCUCAGAUAUGGACAGAAUCAGUGGCUUGUCUGAUGAAUUACUUGUUAAGAUAUUACUGUUGGUUCCGACUAAAGUUGCUGUAUCCACAAGCAUCUUGUCGAAACGGUGGGAGUAUCUUUGGAUGUGGUUGCCUAAACUUGAUUACGGUCAUAGUUAUUGUUCAGAGCCUGAAUCCAGUAGGCUACGUCGUUUUCUUGACCAUAAUCUACCAUUACAUAGAGCUCCAGUUAUCGAAAGCUUCCGUCUUGAAUUAGUUAGUUCACGUUUUAAACGGGCGAGUAUCAAGAUGUGGGUUGCAAUAGCUGUUUCUCACUGCCUACGUGAGCUGAAUAUAUUGUAUGAGUCUAAGUUAAACAUACUGCCUAGUAACUUGUUUACUUGUAAAUCGCUCGUGAUCUUGAAACUGGCUGGCGGGAUGCUCUUGAAUGUUCCUAGAAUGGUUUCUCUUCCCUCUCUGAAAACUCUGAAACUUCAAAGGGUGAAAUACUUUAAGGGCAAAACUCUUCAGCGGCUUCUAUCAAAUUGUCCAGUUCUUGAAGAUCUAGUGUUGGAUUUACCUAAGGGUGAAUCUACGGGAAAGUUGACUGUUGUUGUUCCAUCUUUGCAGAGGUUGUCACUCGAUAUACCCUCUGCUCAUGAUAUAGUUGGGUAUGUAAUAAAAACUCCUGAUCUAAAGUAUUUCAAACUUGUGGAUGAUAAUGAUAAGAGUCACUACUGUUUGAUUGAGCACAUGCCUAACCUCAGCGAGGCACAUUUAGAUGUUUCACUCCCUGAUAUCAAGAGUCUUAUUGCAUCAAUCACAUCUGUUAAGCGUCUAGCAAUAUGUUCAGCGGCUAUGUUUGAUGAAGGCUUUGUCUUCAACCAGCUUGAACAUCUGAAGUUAUGUAUAUGCAGAGACCAUUCCUCCAAUCAACUUUUCAGGCUGCUCAAAUCUUCUACGAUAUUGCAAGAAUUAAACCUUUUCUCAAUGGAUGAUCAUGAGCCUCGAUUUAUGGAUUUCUGGAAUAAACCAAGUACUGUUCCUGAAUGUAUGCUGUCUACUCUGCAAAACUUUUGCUGGUCGUUUUCGUUAUACUCAGGAGAACCACAAGACAGAGAUAUUGUGAUUUACAUUUUGGAACAUGCUGUUCACUUAAAGACUGCAACAAUCUCGUCACAUGUAUGUGAAGUUCCAAAAUUUGAGAUGUUACAGGAGUUGGCAUUUUCUUCUAGAGCUUCAACAGCAUGUAAACUCAUGUUUGAAUGA